UAUCUGUAGUUAUUUGGGUCAGGAGAUUCUCCGCGGUUUACAUAAACUGGAUAAAGCAUCGCAGUACGCAAUUAGUUUAUAAAUUCAUAAUAUUUAUAAUCAAUCAUUAAAUCUAACGUUGCGCACGGGUUUACAGACAUUUCUUUUACUUUCACUGGUAUACCAUGGCGGAACAGAACAACUUGUCUGCAGUGUUGUACAAGAAAGGCGAUCUAAGGCUGGUGGAUUCUCCAAUCAAGGAACCAGGACCGGGAGAGGUUCAGAUUGCCGUCCAGCAAGUGGGAAUCUGUGGCUCUGACGUCAAAUACUGGAAAGAGGGCGCCAUCGGUCACUUCGUGGUCACCAAGCCGCUACUGCUGGGUCACGAGAUCAGCGGGGUCAUCAGUCGAGUGGGGGAGGGGGUCACACACCUCAAAAUAGGUGACCGUGUGGCCGUGGACCCACACAUCACGUGCAGGGUGUGUGAGUUCUGUAAGGCGGGCCGCUACAACAUGUGUCCCAAGGUCUACUUCCUGGCCACGCCCCCUGACGACGGCGCCCUGGCCAGAUACUUCGUGCACGCCGCUGAUUUUACUUUCAAACUACCAGAUAAUGUGAGUUUCGAAGAGGGCGCAUGCGUAGAGCCUCUUUCCGUUGGGUUACACGGAUGCCGGCGGGCCGGGAUCACACUGGGUCAUAAGGUCCUUGUGACGGGCGCCGGUCCUAUAGGUCUGUGCGCCAUGCUGAGCGCCAAAGCGCUUGGGGCGUCCGCUGUUUGUAUGACAGACAUCGACGCCUCACGUUUGGAGUUCGCUAAGAAAUGCGGCGCCACCCACACUCUGCUGGUAGGGCGAGAUGACAGUGAAGAGGGCGUGGCAACCCGGGUGUCGGAUAUACUGGGGGCGAUGCCAGAUAGAACCGUGGAGUGUAGCGGCGCUCAGUUCGCCGUCAACCUGGCGGUCCACGCUACCAAGCCGGGAGGACAAGUCGUUAUAAUUGGACACGGGCCAACUUCAGUAUCAUUUCCGGUUGUUCAGACGGUUGCCAAGGAGAUUGAGAUCAAAGGAUCCUUCCGCUAUGUGAACACGUGGCCCACGGUGAUUGAGAUGCUGUCGUGCGGUAAGAUUGACGUGAAGCCUCUGGUUACGCAUCGCUACAGAUUGGAGCAAACUCUGGAGGCUUUCGAAAUGGCCAAGAGUGGACAAGGGGUCAAGGUCAUGAUAAACUGCGGUCAAUAAGUGUAUUUUAUAAACAGUAUAUAAAAGACUUAUAUAUCAGUUGUAUGUCAAAAGUCAUGAUAAACUGUGAACAAUAGGUGGAUGAGCAGUUCAUACAAAACUUGCAUAACAAAUGUGCCUAUAUACAUAUAUAUCAUAUGUUAUAUAUAUUUUUGUAUUCGUAGAUUAUGUACAUUGAUUGCGUCCUUAAACUUUUCUUGUUACUCCACGAUUUUGCAUCUUGAAUAUAAAACUAAAUCCAAA